AUGAUUUCGAUGAUUGAAGCCGUAACAGAACUUCAAGGAAUGAUCGUCAACCUGAAAUAUGCCUUCUUGACAGUCCACAAGGCCCGAUCCUUUGGGAGUGGCAGUGAAAGAUUGUACGUGAGCAACAAGGAAAUCAAACCGUUUGAAGGUCUCGGAGACAUUUGUGAGGAAGCCGGGGGCCAUAUCCCUUCCCCUCAACUCGAAAAUCAGAACAAGGCCUUCGCAAAUGUUCUGGAGAGGCACAACAAAGCAGCCUACCUUGUCGUGCGUGACUCAGCAAACUUCACCAACUGGGCUGAGGGACAACCGAAUAAGGCUGGGGGAAACUGUGUGAAAGCAGAUACACACGGAUCCUGGUACUCUGCGUCCUGUGAUGAAAACCUCUUAGUAGUGUGUGAGUUUUAUUUCAUUUUAUGAGAAGGAAGACCUGCAUGCUCUGCUGAAGAGAGGAGCUACCUAAGACAUAACAAGCCGAAAGCAACCCAACCAAAUCAGGAGACGUCAAAAUUUAGACCACCUACACCUGAUCCCGCUUGCCUUUAGAAUAUUCCAGAAAGUUCAAUAAAAGCAUGAAGCA